UUUCGUUUUCGUUUUGUUUUGUUUUCAUUCGUCUGUUGGGUUUUGUUUCCUGUGCAUAUAAAUGAUCAUGUAAAAGACCAAUCAAUGCCCAUUUUGUGGAAGGACAAGGAAAAACUUUCAAGUUUGUUUUUUUGUCUCCCGAAAAUGGAUGAGGAGGAGAUUGACUUUAAAGUUGAAGCAGAAGCUGUGAUAGAGGACAUUGGUUUCACCGUCAAAUCGAUCAGCGUUUCAAGGAAGCUUCCCUCUUCUCGCGAGUGUGUUUACUUGAAUGUGCUGACUAAGGAAUGUAAAAGCCUGUGCAUUGAACUUAGUGUCUUAGGAUUUCGGGUAAGUUAUGUUUUUUUUCUCAAUGCCUUAGUUCGUAUUCAUCGCUCUGUGCUAUAAUUAACAAUGAGUUGUUUGAAAUUAUGAAAAUGAGUUGUUUCCGAUAAAGUGAGGCGCAAAAACAAAACCCGUCGGUACUUUCACCUCACGUGCGACUCAUAAUUAUAAUUUUUCUACCGAAAAGCCGGUUUCACCGCUGCAAUAAAUAAAUAAAUACUAUUACUGGAUUAAAGCUUUUACUUUUUUUCAAGACUACGUGCAGGUACACGAUCUUGUACAGCGACCACCACAGAAUUGAACAAAGUAGUGUGGACAUUCCAAGGCAACUUUAUUUGUUUGUUGAUUUGUAUAUAUGAUAUAAUAUAAUAAUAACUUUAGGCGACACCUUCAAAAUUUCUUUUCCAGCAAUGAUAAUAAUACACUGAUUUAUCCUGUACUUGUACUCCAACAACAUUGUUUGUAUUUGUUACACUUACAGGUCAAAAUUAAAUUCAGGUUAAAAUUUUAUAACCUAUAACCUUCCUGUAAUUUCUUGAUUCCCUCAUUAAACAAAAUUUUCUUGCAGUUCUCCCUCCCUCCACCCUAUACAAAGUUGAAAAUUAAAAAAUCAAAAAGUUAAAAAUUCUGUAUACAUGUGUCAAAUGUUGUUUGUGAGGUGAGGGGAGGGGUUGGACCUGUGUGAAUUGGAAGCAACCAAAAAUGCAAAAAUGCCCCAAGACUUUUGUCCAUGAUUGUAGUUUGAUUUUUGUAAUUUCCUUUGUCUCCUUGAUCUAAAUUAUUUAUGAAUUAUGGUCAGAAUCAAAAACAAAAGAAGUUGAGAAUCAACAUAGGUUAAAAAAAAUUUUGACCUGAAUUUCAUUUUUACCUCUAACAUGUUCAGUGUUGUCAUUUAAUGCUUAUUUGAAAAAUUAUUCAACAUUUCAGGUUGUUGGUGAUAACUUUGAUGAGAAUCAAGAAGCAAAGGCAUCUAAGUAUUUUGAGACAAUGUAUGCCUUAUUAGAUUCAGUUAGUCCUGGAUAUUCUCAAUCAUUUGGAGAAGCUCUUAUAAAGAAACUCUCUUCACUCCAACGUGAUGGAGCUGUAGAUGAUGAUCAAGCUAACUGUGAUAUCCCUGAUGAGAAGACUGAUGAUGUUACAACUGCGUCUUGACAACAGUAAUAUGUGCUGAUGGUGUAAAUUUUUUAUCACUCGCAAAUAUUUAAUAUUAAAUUUUUAUUUUCAUUUUUUUUGACACAAACUGCAGAAAAGAGGUUUAUAAAUCUUUUAAUAAUUUGUUAUUUAAUAAGUAAGCAUGAGUGGAAUGAAGUGAUAUAAUAAUAGUUCUUUGUUCUGGAUUAGAACAAGUUUCCAUAAGCAGCCAUGCAUCUCCAUUUUAUAGACCCCUUUUUCGGGUCCUGAGGGUGUUCACUUAUGAGAGCUUCCACUGUAUGAGCUCUCAGGAGCUAAAGGGGCCUUUGCAUUUCAAAUUUGGGGGGUUUAAUAUUAUUAAAAGGAGGAGCUUAUUACUGGAUUGGUAUUUGAUGUAUCAUUUCCCUUUAAUUUUAUUUUUGAGUGUGUUAUUUUUAAAGAUUAAAAACUGUAAUAUUAUUGUAUUGUAAUAUUACUAUCACAGCCACUACCAUUUUGCUGUGCUUUACAGUAUCCACUCCUUCCAGAAGUAAUGCCACUGCAGCAGUUUCUACUUGAAAGCAAAAAGAAAAUAAUAGUUUUAUAAAUGGGAUGUAAACAUGUUUUAAACUACUGUUUUUACAUAUAUUACACUUUAAAGUCAUGUGGUUGGACAAUUUAAUGAAAACAAUUUCAUAAAAUGUCUUUUAGUUCUUAAUAAAC